UUUUUAAAGUCGAAAAGAAAAAUUAUCUCCGUCACAAAAUGAGCAAUUCAAAAAAGGAAUUCGUCCUGCGAUUCAAUUUAAAAAAAACCUGGCUCAUGAAGAAAACAGAGCAUUAUACUAGUGAAGAGGAGGAUCAUUUCGGUAUUAAAUGGUGGCUGCGCGUAACUCGUGAUGAUCAAUUUCUCUACGUAGAUUUGGGAAAAAGUGGAACGGGAUCCACUAAUUUUCAUGGAAACUUCAAUGUUCGUGUCGAAUCGGAUCAUGGAGUAAUUUCAGAGAAUUUCAAGUUUUCUGGAAGCAAAAGCGAUGCUGAAAUACCGUCAACUUCCAAUCGUUGCGAAUCUUUCAAAUGGAGCAAUUUGGAUUAUUCAAAAUACCUUUCCAUCGAAGGACACGUGGAAAUUAUCGAUAUGACCGGCUAUCAUGAUUUCCAGAAGCGUGUGGAUUUCGGUAGUGACGUCACUAGACGGUUCGCUGAUACAGUGCUUAUUGUGAGAGGACAGAGGUUUUAUGUUCUGAAACAGCACCUCGCUCUGCAUUCUCCAUAUUUUAAAAAUCUCCUCAAAGAAUGUACAUUGGAUUCAGAAAUUCAACUUCCCGAUGUGGAUACAGAUGAUUUUCAGAAAUAUCUGGAAAUUUUGUACGGAUUUUCUACUAUUCAUGAUAAUUUCGUCGAAGGAAUCCUGCUUCUCGGUAAAUUUUUCGAGACGGAGAGAAUUAUUACGGCUUGCGAGAACUUUUUAAUCGAUAAAUCGAGCAAAUCAAUAAGAAAAUUGUUCGAGUUAUCUAAUAAAUUCCAUUUGAAGAAGCUUAAUAAGAAUUGCGUUGAAAACAUCAAAACAUCGACGGCUCUUCGUCUCAUGCUUCCACCGGACGUUCUCACCAUUCAUCAUACUGCAAUAGUCGAGCUUUUCCGAAGAUCUUUGCAAUUUCAUUGAUUUUUUCCCUCGAUUUUUAAAUGUAUAUUCCAAUGUUUUAAUGAAUGAUCACUCUUCG